AUGAGCGUUCGCGUCUCGGAGGAUAUGAAAGUGCGCGACUCGAGCAUCGAGAGCACCGUCACCACGAGCGGCGGUGUCAAUGUUGCGGAGUUCAAGGGACAGAGCGCGGAAACCGACGAAGCUUCUUCCGCGUCUUCCUCCGCAACAGUCGACGAUGCACUCGAGCGGCAAGCAUCGGAGGAAGGGGCGGCGGAAUCCACGCCGCAAAUUCCGGCGGAGGCUGCGGAAGCAGAGGAGCUGCACCAGGAGGUCCGUGCCGCGGUGCAGCAGCAGGCGGAGGCGGAAAAGCAGCGGUACUACCUGGUGGUUGGCGGGAACAACACGUGCAUCGCGGAGGACGAGUGGAGAUGGAAUUUCCUGUGCGCUGCGGCGGAGGCAAAGGCGUUAAAUCGCGUAUUAGUCAUCCCGCUCAUGUACUGUUUUCCCGGAAGAGGCGGCAACCGCGUGGAGCGGCCCAUAGCGCUUUACUACGACCUCGAGAAGAUGAAAAGCAUCCAGCCACUCGUGAGCGACCUGGAAUUCGACCUGCGAUUCGGCGACUGGCGCUCCGGCUCGUUCCGCAAGCGGUACACGGUGCGCGAGUUCGGGCCGCACGACCCCACGAGCGAUGUGCGCAGCAACGCGGCCGACGCGCACCUGGUCGUGCGCGUUCUGCAAGAGCAACAGCGCACCGCGCGCAUCUGCAAGGGCGAGGACUCGUUGGUGCGCAACGAGCGGCUGGUGCAGGAGCGCAAGGAGCUGAAGGCGCUGAGCGGGGCCAUAGCGGCUUCCAUUGGCGGUGUCUACGACGCGGUGUCGGUAAAGAGGGCGAAGAAGAGCCUGUGGACGGGAUGGUCCCACGUGGACAGGCUCACACGCCCCGCCGCGCUGGUGAAGUCCCUCCCCCGCUUCAUUCCCAAGGGACGCCACGUGUACAUAGCGUCGAACGAGCGCACGCCGGGCUUCUUCAGCCCGCUCGCCUCGCUCUACAAGAUCCACGUGCUCUCCGACUACCGCCACCUCUGGGCGCCCGGCAGCGACUGGUACAACGACUACAGGGACGUGCUCGCUGCACUGAGGAUGAGAGGCGCUGAUCCUCAGUUCGAUCUGCAUAUGAAGUCGAUUGUGGACCGCCUUGUUAUGAAGAGGGCGUCAAUGAAGUUGCGUUGUUGGAAAUUACUGACACUAGGUGUCGCACUUCUUCGGAUCUGGCUCUGCCUUUCGAAGAUCGCAGCCAGCAUGCCAGCCAACGGAGCGCAGGCAGGGGGAGGAGCAGCGGGUGGGAGAGCAGGAGGGGCCGCUGGUGGGGCGGCUGGUGGGGCGGCAGGUGGGGGUGCAUCUGGAGCUUCGACGACUAGUAGACCGGCGACGUCACCUGGAAGCACCCAUUCUCCGAUCCGCGACGCGGCGAGCGGGCAGAUCAAGGGCAUGGAGAGCUUCGCGGAGCGCAAGGCGAGCCGCGGGCGGUUCAUCGUGAUCUCGCUCAUCGCAGCAACAGCCGCCGCAGCGUGGAUAACUAACUACACCGCGAAUUCGCGAGGCCAGCCCGUUCCCACGGUGCCUAAGGAGAAGGAUAAGGACCAGACGCACCACCCGGAGGGCCCGGUGAUUAAAAACGCGCCUAAGCACAUAGUGGCGGGGCCUGGGCUCGUAUUCCACUAUCACCUGAUGCCCGUGGGGUGUGGGGGCGGUGUGGGGGAGGUGUGGAGGAGGUGUGGGGGAGGUGUGGGGGAGGUGUGGGGGAGGUGUGGGGGAGGUGUGGGGGAGGUGUGGGGGAGGUGUGGGGGAGGUGUGGGGAAGGUGUGGGGGAGGUGUGGGGGAGGUGUGGGGGAGGUGUGGGGGAGGUGUGGGGGAGGUGUGGGGGAGGUGUGGGGGAGGUGUGGGGGAGGUGUGGGGGAGGUGUGGGGGAGGUGUGGGGGAGGUGUGGGGGAGGUGUGGGGGAGGUGUGGGGGAGGUGUGGGGGAGGUGGAAAGGCACACGGCACAUGUGAUGUGA